GGACUGGUCCGAGCCCUGGCUGGUGGGGUUUUCCACGUCCUCUGCUUCCUCCUAACAUGCAUCUCUUUCCAGCACUACCGGGUGCAAAUUGGGCACUUCCUCUGCAUGGUGGGCUUAGUGUACUGCGCUGAAUAUAUAAAUGAAUUAGCAGCCAUGAAUUGGAGGCUGUUUUCUAAAUACCAAUACUUUGAUUCAAGAGGAAUGUUCAUUUCACUAGUAUUUUCAGCACCGCUACUGGUGAAUACUGUUAUAAUUGUGGUCACCUGGGUUUACAAAACUUUGAAUAUAAUGACAGAACUGAAGACACUACACAGAAUGAAAGCAGAAAAAGAGAAAAAGAAGUGAAAACACCCAACACUUUUUUUUUUUUAAUUGUAAUAAUACUUGUCCAGGUAAUCAGUCCUUCUGUAUGUUUAUCCA